AUGAUUAACAACAUCACGCCGUCGGCGGUUGCUACUGUGUCGGCUGCGGCAAGUUCGGAAGAUCUCGCCGUUGAUGACAGUCUGGUCCCUGACACAACCGCCCACACCCCCGACGCGAAAGUGAAUGACCAAGUCUCCCAGUCUCCGCCGACUGACCCUGACCAGGCAGCCCCGGGAUAUGGCGACUCUGGUGCACCGGAGAUCACGGCCGCCAACUCAAUCCAAACGAAUGCCCAGGCACGCCGCGACUCUGCUGCGUCUUUGGCACAUUUAUUUGGCCGCGUGGAUUUGGGAUCGGGUCCUAGAUUCUCCGUCAUGACAAAGCCUCUGACACCCGAUAUUUACGUGCAAGGACCGUUUUCAGACCCUGUGAAACGUGCGUCUUUCGCCUUGAGUGUGAGUGAAGGUCUCCAAAACGACCAACAAUCUGGUGAUACUGCCGACAACCUGCCGACACCACCAGCCGCGAGCCAGUAUGCCGGCCCAACCCGCCUCCAAGGCAUGCCGCACACUCCGUCUCGUCCACGCUAUGAUGCGCCGGUCGCAUGGCUAAACAGUCCGCGCGGCAUUCGGGACCUCGCUCUUGCCGCUCUUGUGGUGGUGGUGACCAUUCUCCCUGGCGGUCAACCGGCUGUUCGGCGUUUGUUGCACGAGCGUGUUCUCGAGGCUGAGGCCAAUGGCCUCGCUGGUGAUCAUCUGUCGCGUUUACGUGCCAUGCUCCACCGCUAUGUGGAUGUUUUUCGCAUCGAGUUCGGCCGCGACCCCCCUUUCAAGGUUCCUCCGUUGGAAGCGCGUGUCCGUCCAUCUGAGUCGCCGGCGAAAUGCUCCGCCAGGCGCUACCCACGAACUCAUCAACGUUUCAUGGAGGACCACAUGGCGGAUCUCGAGGCCGCUGGCCUUGUCUAUCUCAAUACUGGUAGCCGUUGGGCCACUCCUCCGCGAAUUGUGCCGAAAAAGGACGGCUCGUAUCGCAUGACGGUCGAUCUCCGCUCAGUCAACUCGCGCACGGAGCACCUCCAGUGGCCCAUGCCACAGCUCGAAGUUGCCCUCGGUUUCCUCACUGGCAGCCGUUUUUACCUCGCGCUCGAUUGGUUUUGUGGUUACUGGCAGCUGCCGCUGGCCCCUGGAAGCCAGGAACUGUUCACAGUUAUGACUCAUCGCGGCAUGAUGACGCCGACGCGUGUGACCAUGGGUGGUUCUGACAGCGUGGGCUACUGCCAAUCGUGCGUUGAACUCAUUUUCAAAGAUGUGUUGUAUCAUUCGCUUCUCGACAUUUUGGACCGCGUGCUCCAGGCAUGCGCGUCCUCGGGCCUCAAGCUACACCCAAACAAGUGUUCGUUUUUUCUCACGCGUGCGAAGUGGUGCGGUAAAAUCAUCUCGGCCGAUGGAAUCAGCCAUUGCCCAGAUCGUGUCAAGGGCCUGGUCGAACUUAGCACACCUACAACGGCGGCGCAGUUGCAGAAGUUCCUCUGCUGCGCAAACUGGGUGCGCUCAAGCGUUCCCCAUUUCUCUGGGCUCGUAGCACCGCUCACGCAACUCCUCGCUGUCGCCUCUAAGUCGGUCUCCAGUCGCCAGCAACGAAAACUCGACAAGGAUGCUCUUAUCUCCAUGGUCUCGCUCUCGCACCCUGAUAAUGAGUCUCUGGUCUACCUGUUUGCCGAUGCGUCCCUCGAAUUUUGGGGCCCGUUGUUUUACGGUGCCGCGAGUCGAUGGCCCAUCCCCGAAAAGGGGGUCUUCGCGAUUGUGGAGAGUUGCAAGCGUUUGGAGUACUUUCUGCUGCGCCCUCGUGGUUUUGUGAUUUGUACCGAUCAUCGCAAUCUCGUCUACAACUUUGACCCGCUUGCAACCGACGGCGCCAUGCAGCGCCAUCAAGCCGACCGCCUUCAACGAUGGGCUAUGGUCAUGACUAGCUAUAACUACUCGAUCCUUCACAUCCCCGCUCUGUUGGCGUACUUGCACUGGUCCCAGUGUCUCCACUGCAGACUGCUGAUUUUGUUUGGCCCACGCUCGGUGAGAUUGCUAACAUUCAGCGUGAUCACUUGCCACCGCCAGCCGGCGUGA